AGGAAAAAGAGUGAGAGCCUACAGAGUGAGAGGCUACAGAGAGAGAGGCUACAGAGUGAGAGGCUACAGAGUGAGAGGCUACAGAGUGAGAGGCAACAGAGUGAGAGGCUACAGAGUGAGAGGCUACAGAGUGAGAGGCAACAGAGUGAGAGGCUACAGAGUGAGAGGCAACAGAGUGAGAGGCAACAGAGUGAGAGACAACAGAGUGAGAGGCAGCAGAGAGAGAGGCUACAGAGUGAGAGGCUACAGAGUGAGAGGCUACAGAGUGAGAGGCUACAGAGUGAGAGGCAACAGAGUGAGAGGCUACAGAGUGAGAGGCUACAGAGUGAGAGACAACAGAGUGAGAGGCUACAGAGUGAGAGGCUACAGAGUGAGAGGCUACAGAGUGAGAGGCUACAGAGUGAGAGGCUACAGAGUGAGAGGCUACAGAGUGAGAGGCUACAGAGUGAGAGGCUACAGAGUGAGAGGCUACAGAGUGAGAGGCAACAGAGAGAGAGGCAACAGAGUGAGAGGCUACAGAGUGAGAGGCUACAGAGUGAGAGGCUACAGAGUGAGAGGCUACAGAGUGAGAGGCUACAGAGUGGGAGAGAACAGAGUGAGAGGCUACAGAGUGGGAGAGAACAGAGUGAGAGGCUACAGAGUGAGAGGCUACAGAGUGGGAGAGAACAGAGUGAGAGGCUACAGAGUGGGAGAGAACAGAGUGAGAGGCUACAGAGUGAGAGGCUACAGAGUGAGAGCCUACAGAGUGAGAGCCUACAGAGUGAGAGCCUACAGAGUGAGAGGCUACAGAGUGAGAGGCAACAGAGAGAGAGGCAACAGAGAGAGAGGCAACAGAGUGAGAGGCUACAGAGAGAGAGGCUACAGAGUGAGAGGCUACAGAGUGAGAGGCUACAGAGUGAGAGGCUACAGAGUGAGAGGCUACAGAGUGAGAGGCUACAGAGUGAGAGGCUACAGAGUGAGAGGCUACAGAGUGAGAGGCUACAGAGUGAGAGGCUACAGA